GGGGCGGGGGGCGGCGGCGGUCGCGAUGGGGUCCCGGCGCCCGCGGCCCUGAGCCCGCGGCAUGGCCGGCAUCAUCAAGAAGCAGAUCCUGAAGCACCUCUCCCGGUUCACCAAGAAUCUCUCCCCAGACAAAAUCAACCUGAGCACGCUGAAGGGGCAGGGGCAGCUGACCAACCUGGAGCUGGAUGAAGAGGUGCUGCAGAAUGUGCUGGAGCUGCCCACCUGGCUGGCCAUCACUCGAGUCUUCUGCAACAAGGCAUCCAUCAGGAUCCAGUGGACAAAGCUGAAAACACAUCCAAUCUGCCUGUACCUGGACAAGGUGGAGGUGGAGAUGCGAACGUGCGAGGAGCCGCGGCCGCCCAACGGACAGUCUCCCAUCGCGCUUGCAGCAGGCCAGAGUGAAUAUGGCUUUGCUGAAAAGGUUGUGGAGGGGAUGUUUAUUGUCAUCAAUUCCAUCACCAUCAAGAUUCACUCCAAGGCCUUUCAUGCUUCCUUUGAGCUCUGGCAGCUCCAAGGCUACAGUGUCAACCCCAACUGGCAGCAGAGUGACCUGCGGCUCACCCGCAUUACUGACCCCCAGAGAGGAGAGGUUCUGACGUUCAAGGAGCUGACCUGGCAGACGCUGCGGAUAGAAGCAGAUGCCACUGACAAUGGUGACCAGGAUCCUGUCACUACUCCUCUGAGACUCAUCACCAACCAGGGGAGGAUCCAGAUCUCUCUCAAGAGGAGGACCAAAGACUGCAAUGUGGUGGCAUCUAAGCUGAUGUUUCUCCUCGAUGACCUGCUCUGGGUGCUGACAGACUCCCAGCUGAAAGCAAUGAUGAAAUAUGCAGAGUCCCUGAGUGAGGCCAUGGAGAAGUCUGCCCAGCAGAGGAAAAGUUUGGCACCAGAGUCUGCCCAGGUCACACCACCUGCCCCCAGCACCCAGCAGUCCUGGUCGCAGCCCCUGGGGGCCAGCCCCAGCAGCAUUGGGCAGUACUUUGAGCAGCAUGACAUGAAGGAGUCCUCCUACCACCUGCUCAUCUCCCGCCUCGACCUGCACCUCUGCGACGACAGCCACGCGCGGGGCCCCGGUACUCUGAAGCAUGGGAUGCUAGGAGGUGCCAUUCAGCUGACCUUCAGGAGGAUGGCUUUUGACUAUUACCCCUUCCACAGAGCAGGAGAUGCCUGCAAACAUUGGGUGAGGUACAGUGAAGCAAUGGAGACGAGGGGACAGUGGGCCAGGAAGCUGGUCAGUGACUUUCAAAGCAAGAUUGAGAAGCUGUAUGAAGAAGCAGACCCUGCACUUGCCAGGACUCCACCUUCCCCCUUCAGAAGGAAGCCAGAUACUCUGCUGAGCCCUCAGAAGGGUGCCUCAGAGAGAGGCUGUGCCCCCCCCAGCAGCCUGCCGCGGCUCCGGCACCCUCCCUGGAGCCGCCUGCGCUCCAGCUGCCUGCUGGUUCGAGUGGAUGACUUGGAUGUUCACCAGGUUUCUACAGCUGGGCAGCAAAGCAAGAAACCUUCCACCUUGCUCUCCUGUAGCAGGAAGCUCUUCAAGCUCCCUGAUCAGGUCUCUGCCAUCCAUAUUGAGUUCACAGAGUAUUACUUCCCAGACAAUCAGGACUUUCCAGUUCCAUGCCCAAACCUGUAUGUACAGCUGAAUGGCUUGAUGCUCACCUUGGACACAGCAAGUGUGCUCUGGAUAAACCUCUUCUGUCUGGAUCUGUACCGCAGCUUGGAGCAGUUCAAAGCCAUCUACAGGCACCUGGAGGACUCAGGCAAGCAGGAUGAGCACAUCGACGUGCGGCUGGACGGCUUCCGGCUGAAGCUCAGCAUCCCCGUGGAGAAGAAGGUGGCCGAGCACCGGGACCGGCCGCGGGCGCUCUGCGUCCGCCUGGCGGAGGUGGCUGCCACCAACACGCGGCACGCGCCCGGCUGCGGCUGCCGCCAGCUCCAGAGCCUCUUCCGGAGGUUCGCCGGCUCCGAGUUCUUCCACUCCAGCUACAGCAGGUUCCCCAGGGCUGGGGACAGCUUCAGCCUGCUCCACAGCCUCUUCCUGCGCCACGCCUACGAGGUGGAGGAGAGGCCUGGGCGGCCUGCAGGCUCUCCCCAGCUUGCGCACAGAGCCUCUGCCUCUGCGGAUCUCUGGUCUGUGAAUUUCACCGAGCUGUCCCUGGACUUCGAGGGGGCUGAGAGCUCCAAGGGCAGAGCCCUGAGCUUCAUUGACCCUUUUCCCCUCUCCCUAUGGGCCUGCUUCCCCAGGAGAUGGGGGCAAGCUCAGACAGCCAAGCAGCAGGAGCUGGCUGCCUCCGAGUUGAGAAUGAAGCCUUCUGCCAGCUUCAGCAAUCACUCCCAGGGCAAGAACCUUUCCAGAGAGCAGGGCGGGUGUCAGAGGUCAAAGACUGACCAGGACCUGAAGAACAUCUACAAGGUGCCCGAGACAAUGGGUGUCUUGGGAGAAUCUGAGGCUGCUGCUGGGGUGGAUGAGCAGGAGCUGGCAGCCUCUGCUGCCGUCCAUGUGCUCGUGGCCUCAGAUGUUCACGUCAGAGUGCGGCUCAACCACUACCAGUACCUGGUGCUGCUCAGGAUGAAAGAAGUUCUGCAGGCACUGCAGGAGCAGCUGGCCCAGGAUACCCAGGAGGUCACUGGCUCUCCUUUAGACCCCAUGUCUGCUUGUGUAGGUGUGGUGCUCCACAGUGCUGAAGUGGCCCUGCUCAUGAACCCCGCACCAGGGCCUGUGCUGGAGCCCAGGUCCCUUGACUCGGACACAACCAGCCUGAUCGACUCGGAGCUGUCCCCUUCAGACAGCAAGGAGGGGCUGGCAGCUGAAGAGAAGGAGCUGAAGUCAGAGACCAGUUCAGAGAAGGGACUGUGCAGCCCCCUGGGGGUCCCAGAGAACAGUGGCACCAGCGUGAGUAGUGUCCCUCUGGAGGGGCUUCCCAGAUCGGCAAGUGAUGGAGCUCUGGGUGCAGCUCCGUGCAGUAAGAGCGUAGAGGAGAAAGGUUUGAUAGAGGAAGCACAUGAAGCUGUGGAAGCCCUGGUUGCACAGAAGCCAGCAGAGACCAGCAGCCAUCCUCAGAGCCCUCCUGCCCUCCCUUCUAGCCCCAGCUCAGACACACAGCCCUCGGGCAGGGCAAGCGCCGCUCUCAAUGGGCAGGCAGAGCUCAUGCCUCUGAAGAGCUUAGAGGUGGACUUGUCCAGUGCCCUGCACAUCACCAAGGAUGCCACAAAGGAAGCUCUGCACGUGACCAUGGACCUCACCAAAGAGGCCAUGUCUAUAACAAAAGAUGCUCUGAGCCUGAGCCGGGAGAAGAUGACUUCCACCAUGCAGAAAAUGCUCUCCCUGCCCCCAGCCAAGGACCCUGUGCCCAGAGCUGAAGAAGGAGCAGGGACCCCGGGAGGGGGCGGGGGCGGCCGCAUGCGUUUCUUCAUGAGGAGGACCUCAUCCCAGCACUCCUUCGACGCGCCCUGGGCGGACGGGGCCGGCGCCGAGGACGGGCUCUCGGUGGACAGCGACGGCAGCGACAGCUUUGUGCUGCUGACCGACUCCGAGCCCAGCCUGGACCCUCUUCCCUCAGGGCAUCUUCCCCAGGUCCCCAGUGGCACGGGCAGCAGAGCAAGCUUGGUGGGUGAGGAGGAGGGGGCAGUGUCUCCUGAAGUGAGCAGCUCGACUUCACAGAGCGAAGACCCCAGCCUUCAGCUGGUGUCUGUCCUGGUGCUGAAGAUGAAGGAGGUGAGCUGUGGGAUCGAGGCUCAAGGUGAUGAUUUGUCUGUGGCUGUGCAAGUGAUGGAUGUGACUCCAGAGCAGCUGAGCAACGUUGGCAUGUGGCAGUACCUGCGUGGCUACCUGGCUGCGGGGCCGGAGCAGCCUGCAGCCCCCGAGGCCGGCAGGAGGCAGCCGGCUGUGUGCCUGCGCUUCGAGCUGGGCCCUGCCGCUGCCCUGCGCUCGCCGCUCGCCCUCCAGAACGGCUUCCUGCAGCUGCUGCUCCACACCUACACUGCAGAGCUCCUCAUGUCCUUCCUCACCAACCUGGGCCCCUUCCUGGAGGAUGAAAUAGUUCCAGAGGUGAUCCCCAUGGAGAUAGAAGUUGUGGAUGCCAAAAUCACCUUGAAGGAUGACAGCCCCCAGCUGUACCCAACCUCCCCUGGCCCUGUCCCUGUCACCCUGGCAGUGGACCACGUCGUGGUGAGGCGCAGGGACGAUGGAGUCUUCUACCUGACAGCUCCCCCAGGGCAGGGCUCACCAAAGCAGGAGGAACCUGUGUCAGCUCUUCAGGAGCAAAAGGCUCCUCUGGAGAGUGUCUCAGCAGCAGCCCUGCAGCUGAAGGAAGUGCCAGAGCUGCAGAGGGAGCUGCAGACCCUGAAGAUGGCCCUUGCAGAAGCCAACCUGGACAGGGCUCGCCUGCUGCAGGAGGUCAGGAAGUACAAUCCCCUCUUCCAGCUCUGAUGCUGCAGGGGCAGGCUGCAGCUGCUCAGGAGGAGUGGAGACCACUACCAGCACUACAGCAGCCAGUUUGAUCCUGUGGCUGCUGCAUGGAACAGCCUCCUGGAGCCUGCUGACCUCAGCAUGGAGACAGCUGGGAUGGGAAAGGAGCUUGCACGAGGGCG